GAAGGCAGUGGAGACACACAUAUGACACGUGAUGCGACCUGCUUUCUUCUCCGCCACGUCACCAGCAGGUUUAAGUUUAACCUUUCGAUACUGUAGAAACGGUCAUGCCGAUUGCCGAGGGUCGAGGAAUUUCCGCUUCGAGAGUAACAAAUUCUCGCACUUGUUUUUUUUCAUGAUUCAUAAAAUUAUUUCUCUGAGUUUUUAAUCUAGGGAAAAUUUGUUGUUAACCGGAAAUGGGGAACCUGUUGUCUGCCGUACAACCGCCACCACCACCGCCGAUGGUGUUGGUUCCGCCGCUCUUCGAUUAUCCUCCUCUCGCCGCCCGGACCAGAAUGCUGGAAUCAUCUUACAAUUUAUUGUUCGGAAAAUUGGCAUUGAAGUGCCUGUUCGAGGACUACUUUGAAGAAGCAAGGCAUUUCAGCACAAGGAUUAUGCUUAAGCCGAUUGAUGAUCCACAUGUUGAUUUGAUUGCCACUGUUGGUGGCCCGCUCGAUCAUAAGGUGGACGAGAAAAUUGUCGGAAAUGCACAGUUUCGCUGGCAAAGUGACGUGGAUGAUCCCCACACGUUUGUCGAUCUCUUUGUUUCAAACUCAGAACCGACUUUGGUGAUGAGAUCGUGUGCAUACUACCCCAAGUUUGGGUUUGGAGCGUUUGGCAUCUUCCCAGUGCUUAUGAAACAAAGAGUAUCUUCUGAAGAUUAUGGCGUCAUGGGUUUGAGAUACGGCUCGCCAAAUCUAUCUGUUGGAGCUUCAAUUAUUCCUUUCACUGCUGGAGAUGAACUCCCAAAAAAUGCAUGGUUGGUAAGCAAGAUGGGAAGGUUAACUGCAGGAGUGCAGUAUGAACCAAAAUUUGGAAGCAAAGAUGAAGCGAGAUACAAAAACUUGGCCAAUUGGAGCUGUGCAGUUGGAUAUGGACUAGGAUCAGGCAGUCCAUUGAGCCCAUCAUUUAAUUUCGGACUUGAACUUGCUAGAAAUUCACAGUUCAUUGCUUCUUUCUAUCAACACGUGGUGGUCCAAAGAAGGGUUAAAAAUCCACUCGAGGAAAAUGAAGUAGUCGGGAUCACUAAUUACAUUGACUUUGGUUUCGAGUUGCAGACAAGGGUGGAUGGUGACAAAUCGUCAAACAAUAUUCACGAUUCGACUUUUCAAGUUGCUGCAUCUUGGCAAGCCAAUAAAAACUUUCUUCUUAAGGGAAAGGUGGGCCCUCUCAGCUCAUCAAUAGCUUUGGCUUUCAAAUCGUGGUGGAAACCUUCUUUCACAUUAAGCGUCUCAGCUGUUAGAGAUCGCAUUAAGGCAGAGACAGCCUUUGGAUUUGGCAUUCGAGUUGACAACAUCAGGGAAGCAAGUUAUCAAAGGGCGGAUCCCAAUUUCGUGAUGCUGACACCAAGUAAGGAGCAUCUCGCUGAGGGUAUCCAUUGGAAGAGUGGGAAAAGACCACUGCUUGAAUCAGAUGUUAGUUCUGGAAAUUUUGAUGGCGUUCCGAGGGAAUUAAGACCCUUAAACAAAAUUUUGUAAUCUUUACUAAUUUCCUUUUGAGCUGCGCGAUUUCAGGUAGAUUUGAGGUUGUCGUGCUUACGCAUAUCAUUUUAACAUUGAGAAAACCUUUUCAUCAAUGUCUGCCCUUUUCUUUUUUGGGCAAAUUAUUCAUUUAAUUUAUUUAUUUAUUAAUUUGUUUUUUGGU